GGGUGGCGGCAGUGCUCGGAAUACCCCCAAAUCUGUAACGGUCACUAUGAUUGUGAUAGAAAUUACUUGAAGCGGGAUUUCUGUGGUAGAUGUAGUCACGGGUAGUUGGGUAACAGUACCGCUACCGGUGGUCAUCUUAUCCAAAGUUAUUACCUGGAAUGCAACGUCUAGGCCCCUAAUACCGGUAUUCCACCACGAUUGGUAAUAUUGGUUGCCAGCGGUGCAUAGGAAGAUCAUAUAUGGGGGGGUUGGAUCUGACGAUUAUCAGUUCUGGAAGUAAUACAAAGAGGUUCAAUGGAUGAAGUAAUUAAGGUUCAAACAUCAUAUCCAUUCUCGAGGGGUCUAGCCGCAACUCAAGAGCGCAAGGGAGUUUCUCUAAAAAAAAGAUUAUUAAAUAACCACUUGGAUGAUAGUCUCUGAGGAUACAACUAUCAUACGUAUAAUAAAUCAUUUAUUAUAUACCGAUUUUUCGUUGCUACUGAUUGCUCCAAGCAUCUCCAGGGAGGGGGUUACCCUCGCCCUUCACCUUUGGGUUCUGACUUGCUAAUGGCAAUCGGUAUGAGAAAUGGGAAGGGCUUGGGGCUAUUUAUGAUCUCUCUCAUCCGCAGAGUUUUCUAAAGUAACCUCCCUAUGAUAGCUUGUAUUUCGUAGCCCCAGACAUGUCUGAAAUCGCCACACCCACCGGGAAACAGCUAACACAGAUCAUCGGGACGUGCAGUUCCUAAUCAACUUUUGGUAACACACACCACGAACCUUGGAACUAUUCUGCGCAUUUCACAGUCCGAACGGCCCAUCCGACUUUCCGACGUACCUCUGACGCGAUUUCAGGGACCGCCCGUCCCCUUUUCAUCCGUUUGUUCUUUCCAGAUGUGUUUGUGAAGGAUAAUCAUAGUUCCGUUUCAACUAAUGCGGCUGUUGAUUGGGGAGAGAGGAAUGGGCGCAGGCAGGCAAGCCCAGAGUGAGAGGGUCGGAGGCGUAUCUUAUACUCGGAGGAACCCAAAUUCCCUGAUGAUUUACUGUCUUACUCUCUGGGGACGCUGGCGGAGGGUAGUUCCCUCUGUGCUCGAUCGGAUAGGUCCUUGCUGGCGCGGUAACUCACCUUCCCACUGAAGUUCUAACUUGCAGUGCGCUUGCGGCAAUCGUUUCGACACCGGCUGGUUCUUUAAAGAGCGACAUUUGGCAUAUCGAGGUGGGGGCUGCCAAGGCGUUGCCGGGAAUCGGAGGCAGGUCCCGAGUGAUCAUACGCUGCAGGGCCCUGGUGUGUUUUAGUUGUGGUACAGUACCUGUAAUGUACGAGUACCGGUGCUACCGGUAGUACAUCCCUUUGCACUUGUGGUCCGGUAUGAAUAACGGUACUCGAGUACAAGUGCGCUAAUGUGCCGGCACUUUGGUCAGUUGGCUUUUUUAGCAUUAAGCCACAACCGUUUUAUCCCUCGUGUAACGGUAAGCUUUAUGCACGUUCCUAGUUUCUACGACCGCUCCCGCUCUUAUCGUACGCCAUCGUACUCCGCCCGGGCGAACUUACCGAUACGGCACCGAUUUCCCCCAAUGCCCAGAUCAUUCCAGUACUCGUACUCGUAUAUUACAACGCCCGCCAUCGGCGCCACUGAUAUCCCGAUAACACCGUAGUACAGGUGUUGGUGUGGGGGUUUGUGCUCCCAAAAGGUUUGCCCGUCAUUUACUUUUUUUUUUUUGGCUCCGUUUGUGUGCGGAGAGGAUGGGACAUUGAUUAAAUAGCUGGUCCAUUUUCUUUAAAGCCGUCUUUUCACCGAAUAGCGUAUUCUUGCUAUUCUGCUGCGAUACGGGCAAUGGUGCACUGCUACAAACCCUCUCCCUCGGUAGCGCGGGUGAUAAAUACUGAUCUCCGGAAAUACCGCCUUGCCCAGACUGAGCAGGGGUGGGAGCUGACUGCAAGGAGGCGGAAAUCUCAAGGUGGAAUCGCCUACAGCUGUUUCGUCGAUGUCUACCCCCAGAACCAUCAGCCAUUUCGUGCAUAGACUACCGGGUUCACACGGUGCGGUAGAACGACUGUGCGGUGCUCGUGCGGUACCGGUAAGCGAAUCAGCCUUGCCAAGCCUUUUGGGGCUCAGUGAAGCAGAGGGUGUGUGUGUGCUACGGUACGGGUGUGAAGGACAUGUUUUUUUCCUUCAUUGGCUUUAGUAUGGUGGCAUGGAAUUGUCGUUACUUCGUCAUACGGUAGUCUUUUAGGUGCCGGUACUGCAUCCUCUUUAAAGAGUUGUCUAUUUUUGGUAUCGCAUGCGGGUAGAUUUGCAGGGGCUGGAGCUUGCUGAGCCUCACCUAUGAUAGCUGCUGGGUUAGAAGUUGGAGCUUACGCAAUACAAUUUCCAAGUAUGCCUUACGUCUGACCAUUGCUAGCUGCGGCUUCAUUGAGGUAUCGUGGGAUUAUUGCUUACAUAAACGGUAUUUCAUGGUGAGGUACUGAGCGGAGUAUAAAGACUCUGGGGAUUUCUUCCUUUUUUCCUUCCUUCCUCGGUAUAUGAUAGUGCGAACACGGACGGGCUGCAAUGUCUUAUAAUCACGGAAACCCGCCCUUUGCAAGCCUCCACGGACAGGGGGAGAAAGAUCCUUCCUCCUACCUGCCCACCACGGACCAAUGCAUCAUUCAUCUAAAGCUCCUGGCAUGUUUCCACAAACUCCGCUUACAGAUAUCGGCGAGGGAUAAUCUAUUCGGAUAUCCGGACGUUGCCGUUACCGAUGAGGAAACAAAGAAAGAGCAGGCACGUGUCGGGGAGAAGCGAUGGCAAGUAUACGUUGUGAGGGCGGUGGAGAGGUUCACCCGGUGGUGGCAUACACUUCGCAAUUCCAAGUUCGAGGAGGAGAUAACGGCUCAUAAUGCUGUGCGGAAAGCGGAGGAGUUUGAUAAGGCUUUGGAUUCGAGUAUGGUGUUUGGUGUUGAGGCCAUGCCACCGUUGGGUAUGCUUUCACCUUUUUCGCCAAAGUUGGGAUGAUGUGGCUAACUUUUUCAGAUGUGUUGAUGGUGUGGCACGCAUUCAUCCUGAACCCGAGGUGUUUCUUGGAAGAUUGUUACCGGGUCGGAAAACUUGGUUUCUGGAGGACGGGUUUGCCAUGGAGCAUGAUUGUGGGUCCCCCCUCUAGGGCUAAAAAUUCCAACAACUAACAAGAUAUUGCCAGGACUUCCUAAUUAGCGACAACUUCGACUACAACCUCCCAAUCACCGCCAUAAAUAAUUUCCAAACGAACACUAAUCUCAGCGUGGAAAACCUCGACUGCCCAGACAGCUUCUCGGUCAGCUGCCCACUAUGCUCGAACCUCAUUCGAAUUCCAAUGACGGACAGCAGAGACAGCACUGGCUACGCUGACUCCAAAUUCUCUCAAACCUGUCCAAACAGCACCUGCCGGGCGGUCAUAAACAUAGACACCCUUUCCCGAGCAAAGUUUUUGCAAGCCCUGAACCGCUUAACAUCUCCAGCUGGAACGCCACUUCCAGGAACGGUUCUGGAUAUAGACGGAAAACCAAAUGCUGAAGUCAUGGUCCCCGAUAAGACCUGGAUGUUCCCGAACCAGUUCUGUAUAUACAUUCAGAACUCCCUACGGACAUGCGGGUCGAACCCUCGAACGGCUGACCUCAACGAUAUAAAGCUGGAGAUGAACCGCUCCUUGAAGAAUCGUAAAUUUCUUAAAUCCCGCGUCGUACCAUAUCGCUAUCUUGACCGCGAGGGCAAAAUCUCCUUCCGGAGGAUGAUGUCCAGGUUCUGGAGCAAUCCCUCCACCUUCUCCAUCCAUCUCGUAGGAGCGGUGAUUCGGCAGGGCGCAUUUGUGCAGAAAAUGGCUGAGAUCGACUGGCUGCACUCACCUGCCAUCGUGGAUACUAUUGAAGCAGCGGUGAAAAAGUUUGAGAGAUUCAUGGACAUGAUCAAGAACUAUCCUGACCGCUGUGUGGUUCCGACGUUAAAUGUGGACCUGGUGUGGCACACACUCAUGGGAAAUCCCUCGAGUUAUUGGAAGUAUAGUGUGGCUAUUACGGGAAAGUUUAUUGGGCACGACGAUAAGAUUGAUGAGGCAAAGCUCGGGGAAGCGUACACGUGGACUUGCCAGAAGUACCAAAAGCUUUACGGGCAACCUUAUAGUGAAUGUACGCAUCCCCCCUUUAACCUACCCUACUGUUAUAAAUAACUUGGCUGAGGCGACCAGGCACAUGCUGGUACUGCGAAGCGACACGCUCUCGCUGCCAAUCCACAAUGAAGCGUUACUUCUCCUCAAAGCCCCUUCCGGCUCCCGACACUCCGGACCCGAAGGCACACGUAUCCGCCCACUCGGUGGUCCAAGUCCCGGACAAGUACCCGCAGGCGCGGCGGAAAGCCUUCUACCAGGAGAUGAUUGCCGAACACAAACGCAACCAGAAAAAGUCAGGUAACGACGAGGAGCCCAACAAUUUUGACAUGGGCCCUUUCGUGGAUAUAUUUAUUCAGCAACUUUUAAGGGAUAAUUACGCGGUUGAUCCAUCAUGUUUUAGUAUUGGAAGCGGUGAAGCAGGGAAUUGUGCUAGUGGGACGUGCGGUGGAGGGGUUGCAGCCGGGUCGUGUGGAAAUUCGGAUGGGGGUGGGGGAGGUGGGUGCGCCGGGGGCGGUGGGGGUGGAGCUGGAGGUGGCUGUGGAGGUGGAGGUGGAGGUGGUGGCGGCUGUGGUGGUGGUGGUGGUGGGGGAGGUGGGGGGUGA